AUGGAUUGGUUCCAUAUUCUUAUGUCUUCAAGACCUAUCAAUACUAGAACAACUUCUCAUUUCGCAUGUAUGAAUCUGAUACAGAUAACGAAAAGAAGACAUACUCACCAUAAGCUUAAAGGACACAUUGUGACAUUACCACAAAAUCCAAGUAAAGGAACUUCUACUCAUCACCAGCUCAAAAAAGUGCUCCAAGUCAGAAAAAGCAAGAUAACAAUUGCUCUUAAGUGGCUUUUUGACUACAAUAAAUUAUUUAAAAAUAACAUUCAACUUGAUAAGAAUAAUUUAAAUAACCUACUUGAAGGAGAAAUUCCUGAAGCCUUAAUGGUAACAAUCAUGGUUGUAGAUAUUGAUUUUCAUAAAACAGAGCAUUAUCCCAGCUACACUUGUGAUCAGCAAGAAUCUGAUAGCAAAAGUGAUAAUAGUGAAAAUGAUAAUAGUGAAAAUGAUAAACUAGCUAAUAUUGAUAAACAUUCUUUAAAAAACUUUAUAAGAGAUAAUUCAAUUAAUAGUGCAAAAAAACUCAGACCUUCUGGAAUAAUAGAUGUUGAUGAUGUACCGAUUAUCAGAAAAGAGCUUACAUUGCUCUUUUUCAAAAAGCUUAUUGAUAAACCAGAUUAUAAUGAGCAAUUACCAUCGAAUAAAAACAUGCAUAGAUUGAAAAGCAUUCCAAUACAAUCACAUAUAUUAAAAGUAUUUCAUAGCAAUAAACCUCUAAAUGAAUAUAAAGACUUAACUCUCCUUCCUGUAGGUUUUCCAGUCCUCUUCCCUUAUGGUGUUGGUGGUUACGAAGCUAAUCUAGUAUCAUCUUUAAAACCUGAAGAUAUUGAUUUUGCUGUUAAACAAGUCCAAAAUAAUCAAUCAAUAAGUAACCCUGCUGUUAUCGAAUUGCUCAAAAAUGUCAAUUCUGCAAGUUCUAAAUUAAUGGCAUCUCAUCAAUCACAUUCACGCAUGUGCAAUAAAAUAUGUGCUGUUAUUAUGCAAGAUGGUACACCUUCAUUAUUUAUAACUAUAAAUCCUGCAGACCUUCAUAGUUCUAUUGUUAUGAUGUACAUUAGAAAAGAGAUAGAUCUUCAAAAUCUCUCUCCAAAAAACUUUCCAAAAGCUUCAGAAAGAGCUUGGCUUGCCCACCUUGACCCUAUAGCUGUCGCUAAAUAUUUUAAUGUUAUUAUUCAAGCAAUUAUAGAUACCUUAAUUAGAUAUAAAAGAAAAGAUAAUGAUAUAUUCAGCUUGAUAAGAAAUUAUUAUAGCGUAGUUAAAUAUCAAGAUCAUGGUAUACUAUAUUGUCACAUGUUUGUUUGGCUUCAUGGAGCUCGUGACUUAUUAUUGUUACACCAAAAACUUAAAACCGAUAAUGAAUUUUGUGAAUGUCUUCUACAUUAUGUUAGUAGUAUUGUUCGUAAGGACAUUAAUUAUUUCAUGAAGAAUAAAAUUAUUAAUGAUGCCACUAUUAAAGCUAAAUAUGAAGCUUCUAAAACAAU